CCGACUCGUUCCUCCCCCUGCUCGCCACGCCCACGGCCACUACCACUCACACACACAGGCAGCAGCCAUGGACGCCGCCGGCUCCUUCAGCGACUACUCCUCUGGAACCCCGUCCCCUGUCGCCGGCGGCGGCGGCGGCGACGACUUCGGCUCCUCCUCCUACAUGACAGUGUCAUCGGCGCCGCCCAAGCGCCGAGCCGGGCGGACCAAGUUCAAGGAGACGCGGCACCCCGUGUACAAGGGCGUGCGGCGGAGGAACCCCGGGAGGUGGGUCUGCGAGGUGCGGGAGCCGCACGGCAAGCAGCGGAUAUGGCUCGGGACCUUCGAGACCGCCGAGAUGGCGGCGCGCGCGCACGACGUCGCCGCGCUCGCGCUGCGCGGCCGCGCCGCCUGCCUCAACUUCGCCGACUCGCCGCGGCUCCUCAGGGUGCCCCCGACGGGCUCCGGGCACGACGAGAUACGCCGCGCGGCCGCCGUGGCGGCGGACCAGUUCCGCCCGGCGCCCGAUCAGGGCAAUGUGGCCGCCGAGGAGGAGGCGGCCGAUACACCACCACCGGAUGCCUUGCCCAGCGUGACGAUGCAGAGCGUCGACGACGACCCGUACUGCAUUAUCGACGACAGGCUCGACUUCGGGAUGCAGGGGUACCUCGACAUGGCGCAAGGGAUGCUCAUUGAUCCGCCACCGAUGGCCGGUUCCUCCACCAGUGGCGGCGGCGGCGACGACGAUGACGACGACGGUGAGGUCAAGCUCUGGAGCUACUGAUGGCCGAUCGCACGUGUGUCUGAAGGAAGACAGGUUGCAUUGGGCAAAUAACUUCCCUGUACAGCCUUGGGAAGAACCGGUACCGGUGAAAUGUACUGGCCGUGGCCCUUUCCCUUCGGUUCGUCUAUGCUAUGUAAUGUUAUGUAUCCUGCUCUUCUGAUGAUUAAGGGUAUUCAGGAGAAGCAGAAGACUGGGUUUACUCGGUUUGAUCGUUUAAUUUAAUUUGGAGCUAGAGAUGUACCUGCAUGCAUAUAUAAUGCAUGCACGGUAACUGUGAUAUAAUAUUCAGAGUGCC